AUGGACCCUCCAGCGAAGGCGCAGAAGGUUCGGACGGCCGUGCCGCCGGCCGCAGCCCCUGAUGGUGGCUACGCCUGGUUCAUCCUGCUCUCCUGCUUCCUGGUGUUUGGCCUGACCUUCGGGGUCAUCAAGGCCUUCGGGGUGUUUUACGUCGAGAUACAGCGCUACUUUGCCACCACAGCGACAGGCACCUCCUGGAUCACCUCUAUCGCUGUGGCCACCAUUCAUGUUGGCGCCCCUGUAGCGUCUGCUCUGAGCGCCCGCUACAGCCAUCGCUCAGUGGUGUUCAUGGGAGGACUUCUGUGCAGCUUUGGAGUGAUCACUGGGGCUUUUGCAAGAAACCUGAUAGAGCUCUACAUAACAGUGGGCUUCCUCAAUGGUUUCGGCUAUGCUCUUACCUGGACGCCCACUGUGACCAUGCUGGGCUUGUACUUUGAGAAGAGGCGUCCGGUGGCCAACGCCUUGGCCAGUGCCGGAGAGUGCAUCCUCACCUUUAUCUUCACGCCCUUCUUCCAGCUGCUGAUUGACAGCUACUCCUGGAGGGGGGCCAUGCUGGUGCUGGGGGGCCUGCAGUUCAACCUGUGCGUGUGUGGGAUGCUGCUGAGGCCCCUGAACGCCACCAGGGAGGUGACUCAUCUCAGCGAGGUCCAAGAGGAAGAGGGGACUUUGAGCCCGGAGUCCCUGCCCUUAACGGAGAAGGACUCAGAGGAAACACCUGAUCUGACCACAAAGGCGCAGCAUCCUGACAGCAGGGCUACAUGGGCUGAGCUACGGACCAAAAUCCUUCGAUACGUAGAUUACACCCUCAUCACCAACUCUCGCUUCAUGGUCUACUCCAUGUUUGGGGUGUUUGCCGCGCUGGGUUUCUUUGCCCCGGCCCUGUUCCUGGUGCCAUACGCUCGCAGCCAGGGGAUUGAGGAGUACCAGGCAGCUGCUCUCAUGUCCAUCUCGGCAGUGCUGGACCUCAUCGGCAGGGUGUCCUUCGGCUGGUUUGCCAACCUGAGACUGGUGGAGACGGUACAACAGCUGACAGCCACGGUGAUCCUGCUCGGCACCGUGUUGCUCCUGUGCCCGCUGGCCUCCUCUUUCUUGGAGCUGGCCAUCUUCAGCGCAGCCUACGGCCUGGUGUACGGAGCCACCGUCUCCAUCCACAUCACCGUCCUGGCUGAGGUGGUGGGCGUCCACAGACUUGGCAGCGCGCUGGGAUUCUUCAUGCUCAUACGCAGCAGCGGAGGCCUCCUCGGACCGCCCAUUGCAGGCUUUUUCAUUGACAAGAUGAGCAACUACGGGACGGGCUUCCUCAUGGCGGGAGUGGCUCUCAUCGUCUCUGCCCUCUUCCUGCUCCUGCUGCACCAGAUGAACCGCAGGAGUCAGGGGUCAAACACCAAGGGCCACGACUUGCCCACAGACGGCAAAAAGGACAAUAAGGCGCCGGCAUCAAAGCUGAAGGACUGGACAUGA